UCAUAAUCUGAUUUUAAAAAUUGGGCGAAAAAUAACAUCAAGGGAUACGACACAAUGGUUGGAGAACGUGGAGUGCAACUGUCAGGUGGCCAAAAGCAACGAGUAGCAAUUGCACGGGCUAUAGUGAAAGGACCAAAGAUACUGCUAUUAGACGAGGCAACAAGUGCACUGGAUGCUGAAUCGGAGCGGGUAGUUCAAGACGCAUUGGACCGUGUUAUCGUGAACAGAACUACAGUUGUUGUGGCCCAUAGACUUACAACAAUUAGGAAUGCUAACGUAAUUGCAGUGGUUAAAAAUGGGACUAUUGUUGAGAAAGGAAACCACAAUAUGUUGAUAAAUAUGGAGAAUGGUGUUUACGCAUCACUGGUAGCACUUCAUAUGAGUGGUUCAUCGAAAUGAAGUCUGUUUUAAAAUGCCUCUUUUAUAAAAGAUGACAAUAGCAAAAUCCAAAGGGCAUGUAUGAAUUGAUAGGAUGCAUACCAGCUGGGGGAGAAUCAAACAACCGUAUCACAUAUUUUGUCUUCUAAACUAUGAUUUAUUUGUUUUAUAUGCAAUUGAUUGAUUUAAAUUGAAAGUAUGAAUCAGAUUAAUAUGACGUGAUUGAAUUGGUGGCCGCCGCGCUGUACACCUAUUGAUCAGUA